AAUCAGAAGCCUGGUCCUGCGGCGCGUCAGCAGGGCCUUGGCUGCGAUGGGCCAACAGACGGCCAGGUAGCGCUCCAACGACAAGAAGAACCAGAACCAGAAGCCUUCUACAUGUCGUUGGUGCUCUGUGAUAAAACAACACACGCUCGGAUUUCACCAUCACAUCCAACAGGAAACAGGUCAGAGGCGGAGCCACAUUCCACACAACACAGAUCACUUCCCAGAACUGAAAGUGAAAGUUGUUUCCAGUGUGAGCGGAGCUGCAGACGUGUGUGUGGAACCGUCCGACAAACCUUAAACCCACUUCAUCAGAUCUGUUUCCAGUCUCAACGAACAGAGAUAUGGCUGCUGCCGGUUGGGUCCGAUCUGAAGAUCAGUUCCUGUGUUCCAUCUGUCUGAAGGUCUUCACUGAUCCAGUCUGCACACCAUGUGGACACAACUUCUGCAAAUCCUGCAUCUUUGAAUGCUGGGAUAAUAAUGAAAUCUACCAGUGUCCCAUGUGUCAAAAAGCUUUUGACCCACGACCUGAGUUGUACGUCAACACUUUCCUCUCACAGAUGGUGGCUCAGUUCAGACUUGAAGCUCAACAUGAACCAAACAUCUCCAGCUCAGACCAACAAGCUGCCAAACCAGGAGAAGUUCCCUGUGACGUCUGCACUGGAACCAAACUGAAGGCCCUGAAGUCCUGCCUGGUGUGUCUGACCUCCUACUGUCAGACUCAUCUGGAACCUCAUCUGACACGUUCAGGACUGAAAAGACAUCAGCUGAUCCACCCUGUGGAGAACCUGGACGACAGGAUGUGUAUGAAGCACGACAAACCUCUGGAGCUGUUCUGUAAAACUGACCACACAUGUAUCUGUCACCACUGCACCUACUCAGACCAUAGAAGUCAUGACGUUACUCCUCUGAAAGACGAACAUGAAGAACAGAAGCCAGAGCUGAAGAAGACAGACGCUGAAAUUAAGCAGAUGAUCCAGGAGAGACGACUGAAGAUCCAGGAGAUCCAACGGUCAGUGGAGCUCAGUAAGAACGCUGCAGACACAGAGACAGCAGAAGGUGUUGAGGUCUACACCGGUCUGAUGGAGUCUGUUCAAAGAAGUCUGAACCGGUUCAAAGAGGAGAUCCAAGAAAAGCAGAGGAGCACCGAGAAACAGGCUGAAGACUUCAUCAAAGAGCUGGAACAGGAAAUCUGUGAGCUGGAGAAGAGAAGCACUGAGGUGGAGCAGCUGUCAGGCUCUGAAGACCACCUCCACUUCGUCCAGAGGUUCACAUGUGUCAAAGCUGCUCCACCCAUGAAGACCUGGACAGAGGUCAGCGUCCGUCCACCAUCAUAUGAGGGGACUGUGGCCAGAGCUGUGUCUGAGCUGGAGGACAAACUCACAGAAGACAUGAAGAAGGUGGUUAAAGCUGAGCUGAAGAGAGUCCAACAGUAUGAGGUGGAUCUGACUCUGGAUCCAGAUACUGCCCAUCCUAGACUCGUCCUGUCUAAUGAUGGAAAACAGGUUCAUGAUAGUGAUGAAACCAAGAACCUUCCAGACAAACCACAGAGGUUUUCUGAAUGUGUUUCCAUCGUAGCGAAGCAGAUUUUCUCUUCAGGAAGGUUCUACUUCCAGGUUCAGGUCAAAGGAAAGACUGACUGGACUUUAGGAGUGGCCAAAGAGUCCAUCAACAGGAAGUUAUCGAUCACAGCCAGACCUCAGGACGGAUACUGGACCAUCUGUUUGAGAAAUGGAAGUCAGUACUACGCUUGGUCUGAUCCUCCUGCCCGUCUGUCUGUGCAGUCUGGUCUUCAGAAGGUGGGGGUGUUUGUGGAUUAUGAAGAGGGUCUGGUCUCCUUUUAUGACCUAGGUUCUUCAGUUCUCAUCUACUCCUUCAUUGGCUGCUGCUUCAGUGAUAAACUCCUCCCAUACUUCAAUCCAUGGCCUAAUGAUGGAGGUCUGAACUCUGCUCCUCUGAUCAUCACUCCUGUCCACACUGAGUAAGAAACUCAUCAAACGGACAGAUUUUCUCAGAUUUACUGGAGUCACUAAACUUAGAGAUGACGUAAACUGUUUGAACGUGAAUGAACCUGGAUCCAAAUGCACUGAAAUACUAACAUUUGUGCUGAGAAUAAUCCUGGUUUGACACAUUCUGAUGCCUGUGGUUUAGUCCAAUGAUAAGGAUGGUGGGUUUUUUUUGUUCUUUUUUAAACAUUCUUUUUAUUGAACAUUUUCAAAAUGAUCCAGUCCAGAGCAGUACGUACAGGUUGUAUGAAAUGUAAAGCAGAUCCAAAAUACGUCCACAGCAAUGAUCUCAAAAGUCCGUGUUAAGUCUGUUUCAGGUCGUUGCAGUCUGAGUUCCCAGAUAUUCCAACACUUUUCCAAACUUUGCUGUACAGACGUCCUUCUUAUUAAUAUAAAAUCUUAGUCUUUCCAGAGAAAUAUAGUCUGAGAUCACAGACUUCCACAGAUGGACUGAAGGAGGUUCUUCUCCAACCCAUUUGGUCAGAACAGCCUUUCAGCCCAACAUAAACACAAACUGAACAGUAUAUUUAUGUGUUCUCAGUGGUUCCAGGAUACAUCCAAAUAGACACAGUAAUGGCUUAAGCUGUACCUGGUGCUUAAUGACCACACUGACCUCAGCACAUAUUGGUUUACCAAAACUGUUGAAUCUGUUCACAUUCCCAGAGGCAGUGAAGUCUGGUCCCUAAAAGAGUUUGACAUUUGGGGCAGUUUGGACAGGCCCUUGCUGUAGAUUUACUGUACAUAUAUGGACAUAUAUAGACAUUUUGUAAAAUAGAAUAUUGCAUUUCUCUAAAUCUGUUACAUAUGGAUAUUUUUGAAGGUAAAAGUAAGAUUUCCUCCCAUACGCUGGUAUUUCAUUUCAUUUAUUAAGAUCCCCAUUAGCAACUGAUGAUUCAGUUGCUAUUGUUCCUGGGGUCUCCUCUACAGUACAUUAGCGUCAAGUCACUCGCCUGUUGACUUUGAAUCAAAAAAUUAGAAUUGAGAUAAUGAUUUAAAAAAAUGAUAAAAGAGAAAAA